CGCUCCUCUGCUCUGCCCUGUCUCUUCCAUUGGACUACUAUAAACAUCUCGCACAGUCCAGUCAAGAGAAGACGUUCGCGUCCACGGUAAAGUUGGACAAAUCUUGCGCCACUGUCUGUUUUUGGAGUUUCGUGCGUCUAUGUUCAACUGCACGAUUAAACCUGGAAAAAUGUUUCUGCGGAAAGUUUGAGCCCGCGACAGUUCUGCAACGUUUUUGUUGAGGAUUGACGAUUUUGACCUUAUAGCUUAGUGUAAGUGAAAUAGCCUGUUUCUCUUAUUCUCCAUGGUGAACACAUUUGACGCCAAGCCCGAGAUUUUAUGAGGAUUAACGGUCUUCUUUGAGCCUCACCCAUCGAGUAAAACUUUUUUCCAGCAAGAAGAAACAGAGCUCGGCAUGUAGCGCUAUAGACCUGGCCCCACUUCAUCAGGACCCCCUCCACAGUCUGCUUCUCCUCUCUGAACACCUUUGGGAAUGGGCCAGCACAUUGCCAGGGUGCCUGUCUCCGCCCAGUGGUGUGGCUGGCGUCGUGCGAGAGUGAGGAGGGCAGUGGACAGCCUAUAGACCCUCCUCGGACUCUCUCUCUUUCACUUUUUUUUUUGACUUCUUCACCUCUGACCCUUGACCUGUUGACCCGGCCCAUCCUGACUCUACAGUGACGUUCUCUCCUGUCCCCGGCGCGGCGCUCAGCCAUGCCCUUCCGGCUGAAGCUACGGCGCACGCGUCGCUACAAUGUCCUGAGCAAGAACUACUUUGUGACGCGGAUCCAGCUCCUGGACAACACAGUGAUCGAGUGCACACUGUCAGUGGAGAGCACGGGGCAGGAAUGUCUGGAGGCUGUGGCACAGAGAUUGGAGCUGAGAGAGACCCACUACUUCGGGCUAUGGUUCCAGGGGAAGACCCACGCCCCGAACCAUCGCUGGGUGGAGUUGGAGAAACCGCUCAAGAAGCAAUUGGACAAAAUAUGGUUCUUUGGAGUCAUGUUCUACGUUCCCAAUGUGUCUCUGCUGGAGCAAGAAGUCACCAGGUAUCAGUAUUACCUUCAGCUGAAAAAGGAGGUGCUGGAUGGCCGUCUCCACUGCACAGUUGAGCAGGGCAUCAGACUAGCAGGACUAGCAGUACAAGCUGACUUUGGAGACUACACUCACUUCAAAUCUCAGGAUUUCCUCAGGGAAUACGUGCUGUUCCCUGUGAAUUGGCCAAAUGGAGAUGAAGUCUUGGAGGAGUGGACACAGAAAGUUGCUGAAGAGCAUAAGAGUCAUUGCCAAAUGCAAAUUCCAGAGGCAGAGCUGAGGUACAUCAGGGAAGUGGAGAAACUGGAUGGAUUUGGACAGGAGAGCUUCCCUGCCAAGGACAACUACACAAAUGACAUUUUCAUUGGGGUGUCUUUUAUUGGAGUGUUUGUCAAACACCGAAAUGGGAGAUCGAUCAUGCUUCACAGAUGGAAAGACAUUGGGACUAUAGCACACAACAAAUCAGCCAUCACAGUGGAGAUAACGAGUCGAGACGACACCAUCAUUUUUCACAUGGAGGAUAUGGAAAUGGCAAAGUACAUUUCACGCCUUUUCACGUCCAGACAUAAGUUCUACAAACAAAACAAGAUCUGUGCGGAGCCCACUCACUCCCCUGCACCAAUUCGGAGGCGUUCCACCUGGACUCAUCGUCUUUCUUUGCCACGGCCACAGUCCUGCAAUUUCCAGUCAAUGCGCUCACAAUAUGGAGAGCAUUAUCAAGACACACAAAGCUCUCAAGACAGUAUUUUCCCUGAUGACCCCUACUACAAAUCAGAAACCAGUCUUGACAUUUGCCAAAUGGACUUCCCCUACCGCAACGGCACUGUUCCUAAUGGGAGCAUGUACAGCAGUCCCAGCCUGAGCUCCCUAAACCAUUCACAGACAUUCAUCCCCCCAUCGCCCAUGUCCUCCAACCUAAGCAUCCCAGGAAGUGAGCUGAUGCGGCCGGACUACCUCCCCAGCCAUCGUCACAGUGCCAUCAUCGCUCCGUCGUACAGGCCUACACCUGAAUAUGAAGCUGUGAUCAGGCAGAAGAGGCGCAUGCUUCCUGCCCACCAAGACCUGCACAGCCAAUCACUGCGCAGCCUCAACAUCAGUAAUGCGUGCGCCUACAGACAGCCCGAGGUUCUUGUGUACAGUCAACCCGAGAUGAGGGAGAGAGGGCCUUAUCCUGGCUGUCCUGGACCCUACACUGCACAGAUCAGCUACAGUAAACCAGUGUCCCAUGGUCCUCAUCAGGGAGGCCCAGCCAACUCCCCGGGCCAGACUGCAGUCUGCGUCAAUGGGGGAGGCAGCAGUGGUAACGGUGGGGGCGUUGGAAGCUCUAUUUCCCACACUGUCAGCACACCUGAGCUAGCUAACACCAAACAAGGACCUAAUACACAAAGCUACGCUGCUACAGCUAACAUGCUAAGAAACCACCUGUCGCGGCCCCCUCCUCCGUACCCCUCGAACUCUUUCAGACCUGCUACCAGCACCCCAGACCUGGCCAGCCACAGACUCAGGUGCAUCGGUGGUAGCAGUCCUGAGUUGGUCACCCGCAUGGUCCAGCUAUCGGUCAAGACUUUCCAGCCUGAUAGCUCGGCAGUGGUGCACCAGUCUCUGCAGGAGGCCAGUGAACCACUUACGGCUGCAGCUAAGCACCGCUCCACGCUGGGCAAAAGACACAGUAUGGAGGUGGUAAGCAGCAUGCGGGCAGGAGGCAUGGAGGGGAUGGUUAUGAGUAUGAACGCUCCACUGUUGCGACGAAACACUCUCAGAGAACAUGUCAUUCCACCUCAACCCCAAGCCAUACCCCAGCCUCCCCCUCCCCAGCCACCUCCCUCCCAACAAAUAAAGGAGAUUCCAAAACAGAUUCCCUCCCAGAAAUCCCCUGAAACGCCUACCGCUGCCCCUGUUGCCUAUCAGCAUCAAAAGACCCUCUCCAAUGCCACCAUGCUCAUUCACAGCAGUGAGAGUGAGGAAGAGGAGGAAGAGGAGAGGCCUGAGCUGGAUGUUCAAAUCCCUGGUCUGAAUGAGGACAUCAGCAUCAGUGCUCAGCUGCAGGCCGCUCUGGCUAAAUUACCAAACAAACCUCCACCGGAGUACCCAGGUCCCCCGAGACCACCUAGCACAGUCCAAAUGCGCCCACCCAACCAUCACCACAACCACAAUCAGGCCAACCAGACACCCGUGGACCUCAAUCAAGUCCAAAGCAGAGCACUUAAAGGUGGGCAGAGCCAGAACUGUGUGCCUAAUGGCAAUGAUGGUAGCGAGGGUGCAGGUGGAACACUGACACGGGGGGACCAGAGCGGAGUAAAUGGGGGCGUUUUGGGACCCUCCAUUUCGGAACCGGACCUGACUUGUGUAAAAGAGCGUGUGAGGAAGGAGCCAGUGAAAGAGAGGCCAGUUUCAGAGAUGUUCUCCCUGGAAGACAGUAUUGUGGAAAGAGAGAUUGCACAACGGACGCUGGAGAGGCAGAAGAUGUCAGUGGACUCCGUGAAGAGGCCUCUGAUGAUGGCCACACUGAAUGGGCUGUGUGUGGCCCGAAUGCCCGUCCCCGAGAGCCCUGCAGAGGACAGCGCCAAAUCUCCAACUGACGAGAGGUGCAAGACAUUGGAGCUGAAGCUGGAGGAGGACCAAAUAUUCACUGAGUAUGAGCAGGUACCCAAGAAGAGGUCCGACUGUAUUGUAACCACAGCAACCCUGCCUGAAAACACAGAGCGCAACCGCUUUCGGGAUGUUGUUCCCUAUGAAGACAACCGAGUGGAGCUGGUUCCAAACAAAGAGAAUAAUGCAGGUUACAUCAAUGCCUCACACAUAAAGAUGGUAAUCAGAGGGGAAGAGUGGCACUACAUCGCCACCCAGGGCCCACUGGCCAACACCUGCGCAGACUUCUGGCAGAUGGUCUGGGAGCAGGGGGUCAACGUUAUCGCCAUGGUUACCGCUGAGGAGGAGGGCGGUCGUUCGAAGAGCCAUCGCUACUGGCCCAAAUUGGGCUCCAAGCACAACUCUGCCACUCAUGGAAAAUUCAAGGUGACCACUAAAUUUCGAACUGACUCCGGCUGCUAUGCCACCACGGGGUUAAAGGUCAAACACCUGCUGUCAGGACAGGAGAGGACCGUGUGGCACCUUCAGUACACUGACUGGCCUGAGCAAGGCUGUCCCGAAUAUGUCCAGGGAUUUAUCUCUUAUUUGGAGGAGAUUCAGUCUGUGAGGAGACACACCAACUCUAUGCUGGACACGUCCAAGAGUCUUAACCCCCCAGUGGUGGUGCACUGUAGUGCUGGGGUGGGCCGCACAGGAGUGGUGAUCCUCACUGAACUCAUGAUCAGCUGCCUGGAGCACAAUGAGCCCAUGGAGGUCCCAGUUAUGAUGGCUAAGCUGAGGCAACAGAGGAUGCUUAUGGUGCAGACAAUCUCCCAGUAUAAGUUUGUCUACCAAGUCCUUAUUCAUUUCCUCAAGAAUUCCCGUCUCAUCUGAGAGCAGCCUUGUGAGAUUCAUCCAAAAGUGGUACUUGAUUUACUGUAAAACAGACUUCAUGUUGUAUGUCUAAUACAGAUUUACAUGGGGGCAGUCAUUAAAUAGAGGAAAUUAAAUGAAUCUGUCCUAAUCAGAAAUUAUUCUGUCUGCAUUCACACUGGUUUGGUGAAUAAGCAGGAUGUUUUGCCAGUAGCUAAAUAAAUGUGUUUUUUAUAUUUCCAAUGUUCUGACUGGUGGAGAAUGGUAGUAAAUUGCAUGAACAGUAGGUGGCAGCAAUUUUACUGCUAUAAUUUGUUGUACAUAAACUCUACAAGAGUUGUCAUCUAAAGUGUUAUCACUUUCAUAUCACAAUACAAUGCCAUUUAUCUCUAUUUGGUAUUAAUCAAUAUAUUUUUGCCAGUAAAACAUGUUUUAUUUAUUUCUGCUAUCUCCCCAUAACAUGACUGUCAAUUUGUCUAUUUAAAUCUUAUAAGCUUUUUCAACUUAGUCUUAAUAAUUAAUAAUUAUUCUCCUCUUCCUGUCUGUGUAUGUGGGUGCAUACACUCUGUAUAUAAUAACUACCCAAAUAAUCAUGCUAUGUCCAGUUUCACCUUAAUGACAUUCUGUUCUGCUGCAAUUAGUUUUUUGUUUGAAAACAUUGUAUAGAAAGUCAAUGUUUACAUUUGCAGCCUGCAUAGAAAGAUGCAGUUAUACCAUAUUUGCAUAUGUGUAUAUGUACACUAUAUAUGCACCACAUAUGAUGUGUUGUUGUGCCUUAUGAAUCUGAAUAGGCUGCCAUAAUGUGGUCCCAGCUCUGUGUUAGAGUUUGGAGAAAGAAGUUAAUCUUUUUUACCUCCAAAGAUAAAAAUGUUUUUUCAGUGUUUAAGCAUCUGUGUAAACAACAGCGUAAUGUUGCUAAAACACUUAAAAAAAAAAAAAGUCAUGCCAUGUGAUUUGAUAGCAGUCCCACCCUUUAACAUUUUUGUUGUGAAAUGUUAAGCAAAACCAGCCAUGUCCAAAGUAACUUUGUAAAUAUUAGGAACAGGACAAAAAAGAUUUCUAAAUAUUUUAUAUAAAUAUAUAUUUUCCUUUGACUUGGUACCAUAAAUACUGCAAAAUAAUAAACUAUGCAUGCCUUUUUAUUUCACUGUAUAUACUAUUUUUUAUUAGCCUUUAAGCCCAGGGCUCCCUUGACAUUAAAGUGUUGUUGCACUUCUGUUGUUGACAGUAUUUUCUCACAGCAUUCCACUGCUUGUUUUUAACUUAUCCAUUAUCUUUUUCUAUUUUGGCAAAACAAAAUAUUAUCAAACUAUAUGUAAAUAUGUUUUGUAUAUGCUAUUUCAGUGCAUAACUUUUCCUUGCCCAAAUACUGAAUGUAUGAAGCUGUUUUACCUGCUUAUUAUGCAAUA